AUGCUGACGACGUGCGGUGUUGCGUUCCUCUUGCUUCUGCUGCUGCUCACGGAGUGCUCGUCUACGGCUUACGACUUCAGCAGCUCGGAUCAGCCGCUGGCAAGGGAAAAGCUGCAGUUAGUUCAGCAGCAGCGACAGCAGCCUCCGUUCAAGUCCGGCCGCAGGACCAACUACGGCCUGCUCAAGUCCGAGCCGUGCAGCUCCGACCAGACGUGCAGCAUGCGGGACCCGGCUUCCCGCUGUCUCGAGCAGUUCUGCGUGUGCCAGCACGGUUUCACGGACCAGUUCGGCGAUCGCUGCAAGAAGCUCGUGCAGCUGGGCGAGGCCUGUUCCGAGAACCUGGUCUGCUCUGGCGACGCAGUCCAGUGCUCAGACGAGCGAUGCGUCUGCGAGCGAGGAUUCGCCGAGGACGAGGGCGCAUGCGUUAAGGUGGACCCAUCGCGGGCCUCCAGCCGCAUACUUCUGUACGUGGUGUGCGCCGCGACCGUCCUGUUCGUGGUGGGCGGCAUGUCAUCAAUGCUGUACACGCAGGUCAGGCAGCGACACUUCAAGGACCAGGCGUGCGACAACUGCUUCCUCGCCCAGUGCACCAUCCUCUGAGCAGUUUCUGACGUCUCAAGAGGACCCACUUUCACAGCCAAGAGCUCGCACCGCGUGAUUGUCGUCGCCACCGGACAGACGUCGACGAAUUUCACAUCAGAGACCUGGACAGCUGAUGGUCAAGACGACUGCCGUACGCUGCACUUGACGCUGGCUAACAGCAGAACGUAGCAAAGUGUUAACGGAGAGAAAGUUAGCCCUUUUUCAUUUGAAGCCAGGUAAGAAGGACUUACUGGCGCCAUGCUUCAGUUUUUGUGGACCGAGAACAUUGGGUGUAUGAACUGCACUGC